UCUCUGGAUACAUCGAUCGACACUACCACCAUGGCCAUCACCCAACGGAAUUCCGGCUCCUCUGCCUCGGACGCCGCCCGCGCUGAGAAGGGUGCUGAUUUUGGCAAGGGUUAUGAAGCUGGUGUCCACGCGGAGCCUCAUGUCGACGCUGAUGGUGUGGUCGAAUAUGCCGACAACCAGCAUCUGCACCGCGGUCUCAAGUCCAGGCACAUUUCCAUGAUUGCCAUUGGAGGUGCCAUCGGAACUGGUCUCAUCGUUGGAACUGGCAAGGCUUUGGCCCAAUCUGGUCCUGCCUCCAUCCUCAUCUCGUACACGCUAGUCGGUCUCUUGGUCUACAUCGUCAUGUGCGGUCUGGGCGAGAUGGCUGCUUGGCUUCCCCACGCCUCCGGUUUCUCGGGUUAUGCCGCCCGUUUCUGCGAUCCUGCCCUCGGUUUUGCCCUCGGAUGGACCUACUGGUGCAAGUACAUCAUCACGACCCCCAAUCAGCUUACUGCCACCGCUCUCAUCAUCUCCAAAUGGGCCCCGGCGAGCAAAGUAAACCCCGGAAUAUGGAUUGCUGUGUUCUUGGUCGUCAUCUGCGCCGUCAACUACUUCGGAAUCAAGUUCUUUGGUGAGCUCGAGUUUUGGCUUAGUUCUUUCAAGGUCGUGGUCAUUGUGGGCGUUAUUCUCCUGUCUUUCCUCCUUGCCGUCGGCGUUGGCCCCCAAGGUGCCACCGGAUUCAAAUACUACAACGAUCCCGGAGCUUUUGCGCCUUUGCCUACUAAAGCCGUCGGUACGACCGCCCAAUUCGCUGGAUUCUGGUCUUCGUUCGUCAACGCCGUUUUCGCUUACUUGGGUACCGAACUUAUCGGUGUAACGGUCGGCGAGGCUCAGAACCCCCGCAAGACGAUUCCUCGCGCCAUCAAGCUCACUUUCUACCGCAUCUUGUUCUUCUACGUGCUGAGCGUCUUCUUCUUGGGCAUGUUGAUCCCCUACAACCACGAGGAUCUUCUCAAAGCCAACAAGAAGUCCACCAGUGCCGAUGCCUCGCCCUUUGUGCUUGCUAUCAAGAUUGCCGGAAUCAAGUAUCUCGACCACAUCCUCAAUGCAUGCAUCUUGCUCUUCACCUUCAGUGCCUCCAACUCGGAUUUGUACAUUGCCUCGCGUACCAUGUACGGUCUCGCUGAGCGUGGCCACGCCCCCAAGAUUUUCCGCUGGACUGACAAGCGCGGUGUCCCAGUCCCUGCCCUGGCCAUCUCGGCUAUUUUCUGCUGCAGUGCUUUCAUGAACGCUGCCAGUGAUUCUGCCCAGGUUUUCACCUACUUUGUCAACCUGACCACCAUCUUCGGCCUCAUGGCAUGGAUCUCGCUGCUCGUCACCCACAUUUAUUUCGUGCGCGCGCGUCGUGCCCAAGGCAUCACUGACGAAAUGAUGCCCUAUGUUGCACCUGCUGGCAUGUGGGGCUCAAUCAUUGCGCUCUUCUUUUGCUGCCUCAUUGCCGUCACCAAGAACUUUAACGUCUUCAUCAAGGGCUCCUACGGCAACUUUGAUUACAAGAACUUCAUCACCGGUUACCUCGGUAUCCCCGUCUACCUCUUCUGCAUCAUCGGCUACAAGAUCGUCACGCGCUGCAAGGGCGUCAAGCCCCACGAGGCUGAUUUCUACACGGGCAAGGACGAGAUCGACCGCGAAGAGGAGGCCUUCCUGGCAGCGCAAGCCGCCAAAGAAGCCGUCAACCCCAAGAGCAACUUCUACAAGAAGUAUGUCUCUUGGUUGUUCUAGAUAUCGUCUACAUAUACCCUGUUUGUGCUGUUUCUGUGGGGCCGCUUCCUCUCCAUCAUUUGCGUCUCCUCGAGUAUCUAUAUAACAACCUUUUUCUCUGCCCUCGGUCCUAUAACGGGGUUCACGGCGGAGAAUGGUUGGUUAUGAGUGAGGGUGGAUGUAGUGAACAAUGCAUGAUAGAUACCAAAGCAUAGCCAAAUACCACGAGUUUAAUGAUCUGCUCUUUUUUCUUCGCCGUGAAAUAUGUCGUUUGUUAUCUUCUUCCACCAGAGUAUUUUGCCAUCCGCGAGUAUUCAGCUUGCCACACCCCAUUUCCCAAGAAUAUCACUUCAUACAAUCUUGGAAAUGGUCCUACGUGUUCUUCGCUUUCGCUCCUAUGUACCUAGUCUCGUUUUCCAUUCCCGGUCACCGGACAACCAGCAUCAUCAUAAACCGCCCCGCGCUAACGCCCAACGCCUGAGCCUAACCUAACUUACCCCCCUUCCCCCCCCGCCAACGCUGACCUGAAAGCAACAAUAAAUAAACCUUCCUCACCGGGGCGCACACGGUGAACGACACCGCAAGGCAAAACGAGAUUUUCUUUCUUUCCGUCGGUGAGCGCCGGUGUCUGUUUUGUUGUCGGACAUGGCCGAGUCGCUCUUUUUCCCCAUCGUUUUGUUUGUUUGUCUGCCUUGUGCUGGGAGGGGGUGGGACGAAUCGAUAUGGUAGAGGAAUUAGAUUAAAUUGGGAGGGAAGGAGAGGUUUUCUGUACGCCCUGAGAUGCCGACUUUCCCAGAGUGCUGUGGGAGGACGUGGAUGGAAUGUCUCUCUAUUUUCUCUGGGGUUUAUUCUUGUUUGUGUGUGCGUUUACUUUCUUAACGCGAGUGUUCUUUUUUCCCGCUCAUGUAUUGCUCAACUCUCUCACUCUCCUCGAUCCAUCUCGCUCCUCCCUCCCACGCUGAACAACAGCCGGGAUUCAAGACGAGCUAA